AAAAAUGCCAUCUGAGAGAGUGAUUAAGAAGUGUAUUCUGUUUUCGCGACGGGGAAAGCCGUGGUGGUGGUGUUGGAUAAUACCCGACUCAGACACGUGUUCUCAGUUGUAGUGAAGAAGCAGGCGCGCCUGUCAGUGUCACGCAGGCGGAGAAACUUUAUGAACAGAUACAAAUAAUUGGAUUUUCUUCGCAUUUAAAUGCCAUUUACUUGAGCUGUAAAGACCUACGGUGUAGUAUAUACAAGUGAAGUGGGCCAAAGCCUUUUACUAUGGACGGUGACAAGAUUGGCAAAGAUUAUCCCCCCCACACCCAUUCUGUAGCGGAUCAGGUCGUGCAGAAUCCACAGGCCAUGGCUGCUCUUCGGGAACGACUUGAAAGUGCAUCACAUACUCCAUCCACCAUCAUGGAUAGUAUGCCAGUACAGGUCAAGAGACGAGUUAACGCCUUAAAGCAGCUGCAGGUCAAAUGUGCACACAUAGAAGCCAAGUUUUAUGAGGAAGUCCAUGAACUAGAAAGGAAAUAUGCAGCCAUGUAUCAGCCACUGUUUGACAAGAGACGAGAAAUAGUUACUGGUAGUAUUGAGCCUACAGAUGAGGAGUGUGAGUGGCACAGUGAAGGAGAAGAGGAGGAUGAAUUAGCUGAAGAUAUGAAAAAGAAAGCAACAGUAGAUGAAAAUAAAGAAGAUGCAGUACCAGAGGAAGCACUUAAAGGAAUCCCAGGGUUCUGGAUCACGAUAUUCCGGAACGUAGAUAUGCUAAGCGACUUGGUACAUGAGCAUGACGAGCCAAUCCUGAAUCACUUGCAGGACAUCAAAGUUAAGUUUUCUGAUCCUGGACAACCAUUGAGUUUCACGUUAGAGUUCCUCUUUGAGCCCAAUGACUACUUCAACAAUGCUAUCCUAACAAAAGUCUACAAGAUGAAGUCAGAACCAGACCAGGCAGACCCUUUCUCUUUUGAAGGACCUGAAAUUGUCGACUGUGAAGGAUGUUUAAUUGACUGGAAGAAAGGCAAAAAUGUGACUGUAAAAACAAUCAAAAAGAAGCAGAAGCACAAGGGCCGUGGCACAGUGAGGACAAUCACGAAACAAGUACCCAGUGACUCAUUCUUCAACUUCUUCAACCCUGUCAAAGUUUCUGGAGAUGGAGAGGCAUUGGAUGAAGAUUCUGAAUUCAGUUUAGCAGAAGAUUUUGAAGUUGGACACUUUUUCCGUGAACGGAUAGUUCCUCGGGCAGUGCUGUAUUUCACUGGAGAAGCCAUAGAAGAUGAUGACGAUAAUUUUGAAGAGGAGGAGGGCGAAGAAGGCGAGGAAGAGGAAGAUGAAGAUGAAGAGUAUGAUCCUAAGAAAGAAGCAACCCAGCCUACUGAAUGCAAACAGCAGUAAACAGAUCCCACUGCCAUGAGAUUAGCAGACAACACCAUGUUAACCAGAUGUAUCAAAAUACUCCAGCCUGCAGAUGUGGUUUUACCUUCUCAGUGCGUCGCAAUCUUGACUAAUUCAAAAACAUAAAAUAAUUCUAAUAAUAAUAAAAAAAAUGUUUUAAAGCGCAUGAAUUGUUUUUUCCUCUAACGUCUAACUUUUUUUUUGGGGGGAGGGCUUACCUUACCUUACCUUUGUACAUUGUAAAAUGCAAUUUGAAGCAAAGCAUAAAACUACAUCCUGGGUUCCUCUGUUAUGAACUUUUUGAAAUGUACAGCCACAAAUAUGUAGUGUACAAUUUAUGUAUCAACACAACUCAGCCAUUCAAUAAAGGAAUCAUAUUUAAACCUA